AUGCCGCUCACACGCCGGUAUCUCGAGAGCGAGCGCGAGGCGUUCUUCGAUACGCAGGUGGGCGGGGACGUGAACGCUUGGAGCGCCCUUCGCAGCGCAUGCGACGUCAUUCGUUCCGGCGGCGAAUCGAACUUGGCGACGGCGACGGCCAUCCUUCGCGCAUCGGGGCUGAGUUGUCCAUCCGGACGCCUGUGGGUCGAGGGCAAAGACAUCGCGGACCAAGAAGCCAGGCGGGCCGGCCUGCUUCCCCGACGCACGCGCACCCAGCUGAGAGGUGGCGUGUGGGACGAGCGUGGCAAUCAUUAUUUCGUCCCGGCGUGGGUCGUCACCGAUCCGCUCGGAGUUGUGGAAGGUCAGGGGGGUUCCAGAAUGUCCGCGGCGCUGGUGGCAGUCGCGGGGAACGGACAUGCUCAUGACGGUCACAACUCGGACGCCAAGGGCAAGGCGAAGGCUCCCGAAGAACCAGAAGUUCCAGAGGAGCAUAUAGUUCGAGUGCCGGUCAGGGUUGCGACGGCAGCCAGAGACAUUACCUGUAGGAUCCGGAGAGAUGACAAUGUCGAGGUCCUGGUUCGUCGAAUCAGGCACAAAUGCCAGCUGGAGGGGGACGCUAAGAUUCGGGUGGUCCUCAUGGGCAAAGUGCUCCUUAAUAACCUGUCCCUUCCAUCACAGGGAUGGUCUGAAGGUCUGGUGGUUCAAGCUUUUGUUUAA